AUGGCAAUAACUAUACGCGAAGUAGAGGAACAUACUAGUAAGGAUGAGUUGAUUCAACAAGUUAUCAUUUCGCUGGAACAUGGAACCUGGUCUGAAACAACCAAGAUGUUCAAACCCUUUGAACCUGAGCUUUACCGAACAGGUGAUUUGCUGAUGAGAGGAGAACAAAUUGUGAUCCCUUCAGCUUUGCAGGAACAGACUCUUCAAAUCGCUCAUGAGUUACAUCCAGGCAUCGUUGCCAUGAAAAGACUUCUGCGGCAGAAAGUAUGGUGGCUCGGUACAGAUAAACAGGUCGAAACACUAGUAAAAAGCUGCAAAUCAUGCACAAUCGUGUCUGCCCUUGAUCCGCCGGAACCCAUGAUAAGUACUCGAAUGCCUGAUAGAGCAUGGGUGGAUCUUGCUGCCGACUUUGUAGGGCCGCUACCAUCGGGACACAACCUUCUGGUAUUAAUUGACUACUUCAGUCGUUUCAUCGAAGUGGUUGUCAUAAGGCAGAUCACUGCAUCACUGACCAUCCAAGCAUUCCACUCAACGUUCUGUUGGUUUGGUUUUCCAGAAACUUUAAAAACCGACAAUGGUCCCCAAUUUACCAGUGAAGAAAUGAAGCAGUUUUGCAAACAAUACGGCAUAGAACAUCGUAGAACUACACCGUAUUGGCCUCAAGCAAAUGGGGAAGUGGAACGCGUAAAUGGUAUGAUCGAGAAACACCUGAAAAUAAGCCAACUCGAAGAUACUGAGUGGAAGUGGGAUUUGAGAACGAGUGUACUGAUAUACAACUCGACACCCCACUCAACUACAGGAGUUGCUCCAGCUGUUCUUAUGUUUGGGAGGAUAGUUCGCGAUGAAUUGCCAACAACAGUCUUCCGUCCAAGCAUAAUGGUGGAAGAAAUUCAGGAUCGAGAUAAAAUAUGUAAAUAG